AGGCGCUCCAGUUCCGGGUCAGGCCGUCGCCCGCCUCCCUCGGCCUCUGCCAUGGCGAGCAGCAGCGGCGCCGGGGCUGCGGCGGCGGCGAAUCUGAAUGCGGUGAGGGAAACCAUGGACGUUCUGCUUGAGAUCUCAAGAAUUUUGAAUACUGGAUUAGAUAUGGAAACUCUGUCUAUAUGUGUACGGCUCUGUGAACAAGGAAUUAACCCCGAAGCUUUAUCAUCAGUUAUUAAGGAACUUCGCAAGGCUAUUGAAGCAUUAAAGGCUGCUGAAAAUAUGACAAGUUGACUUUCUGAAGAAAUCCUGAUGAGAUAUG